AUGGGGUCCGAGGCUAACCUAAGGUAUGUUGACGAAGACGCCGUCAGAGAACUUGAGCUGCGGUGUCCUGGAAUCUCAUCAAUUGACGAGCAACAUGUGACUUCGGUGAUCCGAGGAGGAAUGGCUUUCCACGACGUCACUGACAAAGCAGAGAGAGAGAAGCUUUUGGAACGGACGAAAUCGGUCUAUUGCCUUAUUCCGUCCCUCCGGACCUUGCAGAUGGACUUCAAAUACCUCCUGCUAGGCGACGCUCCUCUCGAGUGUACAGUGGAACAGACGGCAUUCGCUGCCUUCCGCCACCGAAAAGCCGAAGCGGAUCGCUCCGAUCCUGUGUUCCAGGGAAGCUACAAACUACUCUGUUUACAUAUCAUGCAGAACUUGACCGAACUCUCCGGGGAGUAUCCGUUACUAGAGGAUAAUGAGAAACCGCCAAGCGAGCUUGUUCCUGAUCCCAGGGCAUGGUUCAACCUAGCAAAGCGAGCGUCUGACCUAGGGUUCGAGUCCCAAACGGUCACCAAUCGCCUCUCUAACGACCCAGACCGAGCAGAAGCAAAAAGAGCAUUACUAAAUGCUCGUAAACCUGAUCUGUACUCCUACGAAAGCUCCGGCUUUGAUACUCUGAUUACUACGAUCACAGACACCUUCAACAAAGCUCACAGGGUACAGGAAAGGCAACAACAAUCAACGUUGACAUGUUCCUGCCCGGGAGAGCCAUUGAAUAGGCGAUGUGGACGCCAGUACUCAAGCGCUUAUUUUCGUGAUCGCCACUCCUUAACGGUCGAAAAUUUCACGUGCGGUGUGGAGAAGAAUGCCGAUAUCACAUCACUCUUUGUACGGAGGUCCGUCUUCCUCGCUUUUUGGGGCUUACAUGACACCGACGGACAGGAGAGAUUCAAUAUUUCGAACGAGGAUGAGAUGGACAUGGGAAAAUCUCCUUUGGAAAGUGGUGAUGCGAACAUGCCAGACUUGCCCGCCUUCACCCGCAGGAAGCGGCCAAGAGACCAACCUCGAGCGACUGGCUCUGGGCGAAGCGGGCUGAAGCCAGACGGGGCGAGCGCGCCAGUAAAAGGUGCCAAAAAACAGGCUGCAACUCCAGCGAAAGGCGCUAUACAGCCAGCUAGAGUCGGCAAGCCGUCGCAGUCGUCCAAACCCGGUUCAAAGUCUAUCCAGAAAUCAGUUGAGCGGACAUUGAACCAAGAGAACCAAGACGCACAGAAAGCGAACCAGAAAGAGGUGCUACCAAUGGAAGCACGGAUCGAGAUUAAGAACAUGUUUGAUAAAAAGGUGAUCCAGACAUGUCGGCGACAGUCGGUUAUACAGGCUGUAGAAGGCCUCCUGCGUCAGAGUCCCGACGCGCAUUUAUUCGACAAGGAGGGUCGCGGGAUUGUUUUAGAGGAUUGUGUGGAUGUAGAUUGUGUAUUGAUUGACAUGGAAUUGUAG